AUGCAGUCGUCCCAAAGACUAAUCAGAAAAACCAGACCUUUCGAUUAUUCUGUCAAGCUUCGAGAAGAGAACAGCAAUCCGACUUGCUUGGCAGACACCACCGUCUCUGUACUAGCUGAGCGGCAAGCUCAGACGGUGGAUGAUUUCUCAUGUUCUGAAUCAAAACCAUGCAGUAAUGGGGCUUGCUGCUCCAAAAAGUCUGGGUUCUGUAAUUAUGGGCCAGAAGCUUGUGGAACGAAUGGACAAAGCCCCAAUGAGUUAUGUUGGUCAAAUUGCGAUGCUCAUGCUGAGUGUGGAAAGUUUGCACUCGUGCCUGGCACCAAAUGUCCUCUCAACGUCUGCUGCUCCCCAUUUGGUAGGUCUUGGUAGAAACGUCUCUCGCUAGAGCCUUGCUGACUUUAUAGGUUUCUGCGGAAUGACGGAAGACUUUUGUAAGAAAGGAACAGAUGAAGAUCCAGGCUGCCAAAGCAACUGUGAUCAACCGCCUUCGGGUGCAUCAGGUGGCAAUGUUCAAAAUCGUAUCAUUGGGUACUAUGAAGCAUGGGCUCAUGACAGAAAGUGUCAGGGCAUGGUUAGUCAUUCGAAAGUUUGAAGAAUAACAGAGCCUAACUGAUUUAGGACUUCGAUACAAUUCCUGUGGGGGCUUUUACCCAUCUUUACUUUUCAUUUGGCUAUAUAACCCCAGGUGGCUUUGAAGUAGUACCCAUGGAUGAACUCGAUGAAACUUUGUUCACACAAUUUACGGAUGUGAAGAAGAGAAAUUCUGGCUUGAAAACCAUAGUAGCUCUCGGUGGAUGGACAUUCAAUGAUAAUGGUAUGCAAAAUUGACUGGUUGGUCAAAAGCAAUGACUAAUUUCUCAAGGAACUGCGACUCAACCCGUCUUCAGUAAUAUGGUCAGCUCACAAACAAAUCGAGCAACGUUCAUCAAGAAUCUUUUCAGUUUCUUGCGUCAGCAUGCAUAUGAUGGUGUUGAUUUCGACUGGGUAAACGAACCUGCCAUUCUCUCUAUUCUAUAUCCAGUGCUAAAUUUAUGUAGGAAUAUCCUGGAGCAACUGAUCGUGGAGGGCAACCAGACGACGGAAAGAAUUUCGUUCAAUUCCUAAAGGAACUCGACGAUGCGAAUAACAAACAACCUGUCAAAUAUGUUGUCUCUUUCACCGUUCCAACCAGUUUCUGGUAUCUUCGACACUUUGAUCUCAAGGCUGUUGAUCAUGUCGACUUCAUCAAUGUUAUGAGCUAUGAUCUCCAUGGUAUCUGUGACUCCACCAAUCUGAUUGGGAGUCAUAUUUAUGCCCAUACCAAUCUAUCAGAAAUCAGUCUUGCCAUGGACCUCUUUUGGAGAAAUGAUGUGCCACCCGCGAAGUUGAAUUUAGGUCUUGGUUUCUAUGGCAGGAGUUUCCAACUUUCCGAUCCUUCUUGCUACAAACCAGGCUGUAAUUUCAAGGGUGGAGCGUCACCCGGUGGUUGCAGCAACAAUGCUGGAACAUUAACCUAUAAGGAGAUUCAACAAGUCAUCAAGUCCAACAACAUCAAACCUUAUCACGACAAGGAAGCUGGCGUAAAAUAUAUUACCUGGAAGGGAGAUCAAUGGGUUUCUUUCGACGAUGAAGAAACCUUCAAAGCCAAGAUUGAUUUUGCAAACAAACUUGGGUUAGGUGGUUUGCUCAUUUGGGCAGUAGAUCAAGAUACAGAUGACCUCGAAGCCCUGAGAGGUGUCUUGGCUCCCAAGAGUGUUAAGGCUUUCGCGGCUAUGGCUGACGAAAAAGCAUUCUGGGAAGAAGCAGCAGUACCUGACUGUUAUGUAACUGACUGUGGAGGAUCCUGCAAAACAGGGUUCUUCAAGAUUGAAAACCAACCUUGCGGUGGGGCAAAACCUGUCACGCGACACUCGAAAGAGAAAGACAGCCAGCUUUGCUGCCCUCUGUCGGGUGCUCCAAACCCGAAAGAUUGUACUUGGAGAGGCGAGGCACCAUCUUGCAAUGGGCAUUGUCAUGAUGAUGAAGUCACAAUGGAACUCAACAGGUGGGGCAGUGGAAAAUACUGUGAAGAUGGCAACAAGGCAUAUUGUUGUCAAUCCCCAGAAGCGAAAGAAAACAAAUGUUAUUGGGCGGGAGUUGGAAGAAAGUGCAAUAGCGAUGAUACCACAAUGGUAGGUAGUUCUGAUGUCGUCUCCCGUCCUUUCUAACACCAUGUAGACAUUUUCGGGAACUUUUGUUUCAACGAUCUCAGAUAUCGUGAGUCUUGGGGGUUUGAUAGGAUCUCCACUGGCCCUAUUUCUUGAUGAGGCGGACAUGGACUUACAGAAACGUUACUGCUGCCCCAAAAAAGACGCUUCAAAGUGGUCCAACUGUAGGUGGUAUGGGCAGCCAGGCUCUUGCUUCGACAACCAUUGCCCAGUUUCGGGCCACUCCAUCCAGCUCACGGAUAGCCCUUACGGACUUGGUCAGUCUUGCUUCCCUCGAAUGGAACGUAGUAGGGUUCAUUGCUGCGAUCCUACAGGGGGCAAAUCACCAUUCCUUCCCGUCCCGUUGGAGAAUCUAUUCCCAUCGCCUCCGACAGGUGAUGAUAUUGACACUGAUUUCGACCUGAAUGUUGAUGACACAUUUGGAGACGGGGCUGGCCAUGAACAUACCUCAGAAGAGCCAGGGGAUGCGUCUUUUCAAUUCGUUGUACUUUCUUCUCCAGAAGAACUUCAAGUCUCCCUCGAUAAACGUGAUGGAUCUCACUGGGAGGUCUUCAAUUGCCGAGAUGGGAUGGAAGAAGGAGAACAUACUGUUCAAAUGGUCUGUACGGAUACUUCAGAAACCAGCAACUGCUACAAAAUUGGUUUAGGGCAUGGAGCUCCCGGUACAAUUCUCCAGAUGCCCCCAGGUUGCGGUCCAGGACGUUAUGCGGUCGCCAAGUCCAUGAAACCUUCGAAAAUACCAGCAUCUGCACAUCUUAGGAAGCGAUUAAGCAUGCCAGCCACAUACGACUUAACUUUUGACUAUGACUUCACGAGGGUUCCUCGAGACCUUGGAGAUACGCAAAUGCGAAUAGACUUUUCAAAUAAGGACAACUACUGGGACAACGUCGUUGCAGCUGCAGGUGCUGGCAAGAGGAAGAAUUAGAGAUCGCUAGCUGACUUUGGUGGAAGUCAUAAGCGAUGGCUGGAGGAGGAAUGGCGAGAUGAUUAUCAUUUUGGUGGAAGUACCGUUGAAGAACUUCACAAGCGAUGGUUCGGUAGCGGCGUUAUUGAUUGGUUGAAAGGACUCGUCAACCCAAAGGUUACCAAACAAUUUACUCAUGAUAUCGACGAGACAGUGAUCGCCAAAAUCAUUGAUGAGGAAUGGGAUUGCCCACUUGGAGAUAAUGGGAAGUUCGACGGCCACGUCUUGAUACAAGCUGAGACGACCGUCAAAGUGGCUACAAGUUUCGGCUUCACACUCAUCACCAAGCUUAGUCUCCCACUUGAUCUCAGCCAAUCUUAUCUGACCUUUGGCAAUGCUGGAGAAGUGACCGCCACCUUCACUUUAGAUGCCGUCGCCGGGGUAUCUUACAACAAAGAAAUGGAAAUUCUGACACUCCCGUUUCCUGGAGCAACGUUCAGAGUCCCUGGAAUUGUCACGAUUGGACCCAGCGUUCGAGUUCUGGGUCAAAUUGCUGCCAGUUUGACGGUCUCUGCAGAGAUAGAAGCUAAAGUUGAUAUUGCUUCAUGGGAAAUCGAGCAAACAUUACCUGCCGCCUCAAGCGAGUUCGAACCUGAUGAGGAUGAUCUGGUGUCCCCGAGAAAUACCGGUAAUAUGGACGGCUUGUCCAAUCCAAGUUUCUAUGCCGGAGUCAAAGCAGAAGGUUCAGUAGAGGCUCAUAUAAAAGCUUCCAUGGAAUUUGGUAUUCGUUUCGAUGAUAAGUGGAAGGUCGGUGCGGCCGCUGCUGGAGUUGUUGCAGAUGGCUAUGUUCGAUUCAAAGUAGGGGCCGGGAAAAGUAACGAGGCAACUUGUCCAUGGAGCUAUGGACUUGACCUUGGUGUUUCUCUGUACGCGCAGGUGGAAUCACCACCACUCUUGGGAUGGGGUACAAAGACAUGGCCGCUACCAGGAUCUGGAGAAGUUCCACUUAUAAAAGGCGGCACCUGUCCGGACUUGAAGCAAGGUCAAUCUGCUCGCCGAUCACUUCCAGCAACAGAAAAUGGGUAUGGGUGGGAUCAGUCGAACCCCGGUACAAUGCUGAUCGCUCAGGGCGAGGGACAAAAUUCGACUUCAAGCUCCAUUGGAAAGAGAGUUGCGGUUUAUGGACCAGCAGUGACUCUUGAUCUUCAAAGUCGCUUCUGUCCCAAUAGCGAUGACGAUGCUGGAAGCAAGACGCUGUGCUCCGCAAUAAGAGCUGGUUGGGAAGACGAAGGCGACGACCCGUUAGGAGAUUUGGUAACUCGUUCUCUCGACAUUUCUCACGCUAUAAACCUGCUCGAAAAGAGAAGCAAAAAGACACCUAAGGCAUUUUGCGCGAAGAAGGCGGGGGAAGCAGGAGCAGCCAAGAUGAAUUAUCAAACACCUGAAUAUGAUGAAAACAGCGCUAUAGUAAUUACCCCCCCUGGAAAGAAUCUCAAAGAUUUAAGUACCCCCUUAUCAAGGACCAUUACUAACUUUCAAUAAACUAUCGCUAAUCUAAAGACAUAUGGUUACACGAAAGUUGACGAAUGUAACGAUUUUGGUUUUGGCGUGAUCACAACACCGGCCACAACAGAUCGAUCACGUUAUCGUACUGAGCAUGUUCUUGAGGCUCAGCUUCUGGGUAUAUUCUUCGAUGAUAUCGUUUCCCCUGGAAGCAAAGAGGUAUUUGAUUGCAAUGAUCCAACUCCAGAUGCCAAAGCACCACCAGGAAAGAAGCUCUGCUAUUGUAUGCAGCCUCUAUGGUACCAGUUACCAUCGGCGUUAUAUCCAAGUGUGAACAUUGGGGGAAAUGUGUUCCAGGGGAGGCCAAUUGACAUCGUUGGUCAAGCGUGGCCUGGUAAGGGGAAUGACUGGAAAAGUGAGUUUGUUCUACUCGACGAAGGCGUGAAUGGUGUCAAGGAGCGAAUGUGGGGAGAUGGAGAAAUCAGAAACGACAGAGGGAUGUCAAGCAACCUGGAUGGUACCACAGACAAAUCUAACCCCGAGAGACUAAUAAAGGCUGUGAAAGACGCAAUAACAGCUUUCAAAUACCACAGCGAUGCCGAAAUCAACAGGAUUCUCGUUGUACAGGUAGACCGGGUGGGCACCUGGUUGAACACGAUGGAUAGCGUAACGGUACCUGCUAUUUAAAGGACAGCCGGCGAUAAAAAUUUCGGCAAGUGGAAAUCGCAAGACCUUCAAGGACGCUGGAAAAAAUGGAUGAAGGGUCGAUAUGCGAAAGCAAUGACGAAGGCAGAGGAUUUCAUCCCCGCAGCCAUAACAAAAUUGGAGACCAAGUUUGCGUCAGUCGAUCAGAAGAAAGAUGCAGUGGGCGAUGCAAAGACUCGGAUUGACAAGAUUGUGGCUUUAAAAAAGGAAUGGACAGAUAAUAAGGCGACUUGGACAAAUCCAUUUUAA